AUGCGCUUCACCAUCGCCUCUGUUGUCCUCGCCCUCGCCGGCAGCGCUUUCAGCGCCCCCAUUGUCGCCCGCUCUCUCGUCAACGAGGUUGGCAGCGUCGUCAGCGGCCUUCAGGACAACGUCCCGUCGGCCCAGGUCCAGGUCCAGCUGCAGGGACUCCUCGGCAGCGAGCUCAGCCAGAUUGAGAGUGGCCUCGGUGGUGUUCCUCUGGCCGACAAGCUCUUGAGCCUCUUCCAGUCUGGCGACCUGUCCGGCAGCGCCCUCACUGCCGUCGGCGAGGCCCUUGCCAUGCUUAAGCAGGGAACCCCCCUCGAUGCCGUCAACUCUUACCUCAACGCCGCCACCGGCGGUGUUGUCAGCGACCUCGGCAGCACCCUGGGUCUCGAGGAUCUCGUUGGCCUUCUCAGCGGUGUCCUGGGUAACAUUGGAAACGUCGGCAACCUGGGCAACAUCCUCUAA